AUGGCUGGUCUUGACAUUAACCACAACGGCCUAGUCUGGAGAUCAGUUACGAGGAAACCUCCAAAACACUACAAAAUGAGCAUAAAGUCGUUCUCAAGGCUACAAUCAGAGGAAAAGUACGAAUCGGGUGAGUUUGAGGUCGGAGGAUACAAGUGGAAACUAGUACUCUUCCCCAAUGGAAACAAAAACCGUGAUGUGAAAGAUCACAUCUCUCUCUACUUGGAAAUGGGUGGAGACAAAGCAAUAGAACCCGGGAAGAUUGUAACAGUUGAUUACAAGUUGUUUUUGCUUAAUCGGCACAAGGGGAAAGAAUCGUACCUGGUUCUUGAAGAUUACAAUAAGAGAGAGAAAAAGUACUGUAUUUAUCGGACAAUUGUUGGUGGUUUGGGUGGUUUGGAUCGAUUCAUCCCUCUUCAAGAUUUUAGUGAUGCAUCAAAUGGUUAUCUCAUUGAUGACAGAUGUGAGUUCGGAGUAGAGGUCUUUGUUUCUGAAACGACAAGAAAAGGCAAAGGAGAGUGUGUAUUCAUGAGUCUCAACACUGCUAUAUACAAGCAUGUUUGGAAGGUUACUAACUUUUCGAAGUUAGGCGCUCAACCUUAUUACUCACUACCAUUCACCGCAAACGAUCAAAAAUAUUGCUCAUGGAGAUUGGUUCUCUAUCCCAAGGGACUUAUCACUGGAAAGGAUAGUCAUCUUUCUCUUCUUUUGUAUUUGGAUGAACCACAUAAGCUUCCUCCUGGAUCAAAAAUACUUGCGGAAUUUACUCUACGCAUUUUGGAUCAAAUCCAUGGGAACCAUCGUUCUGGUAAAGUUAAUGCCUGCUGGUUCAUUGCCCAACCCACCAUACGUGCUUGUGGUUUCGACCAAUUGAUUACACAAGAAAAAAACGCAAGGUUUUCAAUGGAUGAUACUUGCAUAAUUGAGGUCGAAAUUACUAUCCAAGGACUUUCUAUGCCAAGAAUUUCUACACGCCCUUGGCCAUGGAAUUUUUAA